GCAGUGGCAGCAGACGCGAUUGCCAAGCUGCGAAUGGAGAGGUGAGUGAGGAGGAAGCGGCUGUUGUGGCAGAGGCUGAAUCAGAAGACUCAUCUGAUGGAGACACGGGAAUCGGCUUUGGCAAGGCUGUGAAUAAGAGGAAAGCCAAUCCUGAUGUCGAGUUGAAAUCUGCCCUGAGUGCUGCGGAGUCUUGCAUUUCAGCUCUUGGUGCGGUGCAGCCUCUCCAGGUUUGGACAGGGGCAAUCAAAGUCAAAGAGGUGGACAAGCGCUUGGAUGUGGCCUACCACUGCCAGGUCAGUUUGGAGGAGCACAUGCUGCUGACAGACGCUGCCGCUCAGGAG